AUGAGGGGCAACUCACCACCCAGGACAGCUAGCAGUUUCACCUCCAGCUGUUCUCCCACUGGGAACACCGUUGCUCACCGGUAUGCUCACCUGUUGGAACAGCUGAAUGGUUUUGAUGAAAGCAUAUAUAACAUACAGAAGUUAGGGAAGGAAAAGGUUGGCCGUCUUCCUCAUUGCAUCCGUGUGCUUUUGGAGUCGGCUGUUCGCAAUUGUGACGGCUUCCUUGUUACCGAAGCUGAUGUUGAACGCAUCUUGGAGUGGGAUGCUCUUGUCAACCAGAAGACAACUAAGAAUGCAGCAGCGCUUGAUGUGCCAUUCAUACCUGCCCGUGUAAUCCUCCAGGACUUCACAGGUGUGCCUUGUGUAGUCGAUCUCGCAGCAAUGCGUGACGCCAUGGUCGAACUCGGAAGUGACCCCCUUAAGAUCAAUCCCAAGGUCCCCGUAGACCUUGUUAUUGAUCACUCCGUCCAAGUGGACAUGGCUAGAAGCAAGGAUGCGCUGGCAUACAACGAGGGGAUAGAAAUGCAUCGCAAUAGUGAACGCUUUUCAUUCCUAAAAUGGGCAGCAAAAACGUUUUCCCAAAUGCUUAUUGUGCCACCCGGCUCUGGCAUUGUUCAUCAAGUGAAUCUUGAAUAUCUCGCCAAGGUCGUAGUGACGAAGGAUGGAUUGUGCUUCCCUGAUUCCCUUGUGGGGACCGAUUCGCACACUACCAUGAUCGAUGGACUGGGCAUUGUGGGUUGGGGAGUAGGCGGCAUUGAAGCGGAGGCGACAAUGUUGGGCCAACCAAUAUCAAUGACGCUUCCGCCUGUUUUGGGUGUGCGCCUUGUUGGACGGUUGAGCCCCGCUUGCACAACGACAGAUCUUGUCCUGCAUGUAGUUCGCAUAUUACGCAUGAGAGGCGUAGUAGACCACUUUGUCGAGUUUUUCGGGGAGGCCUGCGCUACACUCUCUGCUCCAGAUCGAGCCACCCUUGCAAACAUGAGCCCUGAAUUCGGUGCCACGAUCGGUUACUUCCCGCCUGAUGAAAUGACCCUCAAGUACUUACUCAGCACUGGCCGCAGCAUCGGAGAAGUGGAAAAAAUCAAAGCUUACCUUUCGCAACAGGGGAUGUUCAGGACCUACGAAAAGUCCGAACCGGAAGUCUCUUAUACAGACGUGCUGGAAGUCGACCUAUCGAAGAUCGAGCCAUGCGUUGCGGGUCCCAAACGUCCCCAAGACGAAGUUCUUCUUCGCAACCUGAAGAAAGAGUUCAUUGCAAGCCUAAGCGCUCCCAUGGGUUUCAAAGGUUUCGGGUUGAAACCUGAGGCUGUCUCCUACCGCGUACCACUAACGUUCCAGGGCAAGACGUAUGAGCUAAGGCAGGGCUCAGUAGUAAUUGCAGCCAUUACCAGCUGCACGAAUACCUCAAACCCAUCCGUAAUGGUUGGUGCUGGCCUCUUAGCUCGCAAUGCAGCCGAGCUGGGCCUUUCCGUUGCCCCGUACAUAAAAACUUCGCUUUCACCAGGCAGCCACGUGGUUCAGCGCUACCUCGAAGAUGCAGGCCUCUUAUCAGCCCUCGAAGCGCUUGGUUUUUACUUGACAGGUUUUGGAUGCAUGACGUGCAUUGGCAACAGUGGCGAUCUGUCGGAGGAAGUGGCCGGAGCGAUUCAGUCAAACCCGGACUUAGUUGUCUCAGCCGUCCUCUCUGGUAACAGGAACUUUGAGGGUCGCGUGCAUCCGCUCACUCGCGCGAAUUAUUUGGCGUCUCCACCGCUUUGUGUGGCAUUUGCUCUUGCUGGUCGAGUGGACAUCAACUUUGAAACUGAGCCACUUGGUAUUGGCAAGCACGGGAAGGAAGUGUUUCUGCGCGACAUCUGGCCCAGCCCAGCCACCGUAAACGAAGUGGUGGAAACUGUCCUUCUUCCUUCGUUCUUCAAGGAGGCCUACCAGAAUAUACAGCAAGGGAAUGAGAGUCAAGACUUUUUGGUACUGCGUUUCUACUCACAGCAACGGGACUUCAACUCUUACGGUAGUCGUCGGGGUAAUGACGAAGUCAUGACUCGAGGGAAAGAAUACGGCAGUGGAAGCAGCAGGGACUGGGCAGCGAAGGGCGUGGCCCUUCUAGGCGUAAAAGCAGUAAUUGCGGAGAGCUACGAACGGAUUCACAGAUCGAACUUAGUUGGAAUGGGCGUGCUUCCACUGCAGUUCUUGGAAGGAGACUCUGCGUCCUCCCUUGGAAUUACAGGAAUAGAGGAGUUUUCCAUUGACCUGACGCUUGUAGGAGUAAAUUCAGACGUCCCAGUACAACUGGGCGAUGGCAGGCACUUUACUGCAAAAUGCCGUGUGCAGACAAAGGUAGAGAUGGAGUACUUCAAAAACGGAGGAAUCCUACAAUAUGUUUUACGAAAGGCGGCGUCCGAGCCUAUCGUGUAG